CUCGCCGUGACAAAUUGACAAGCUGUUAGCGGGUGAGAGUGGUUUAGCCGAUGCGGCGACGGCUACUCGUGGUGGAUACUCGCCUCUAUUCGUCCUGGCAGCCGUGUCCGUUCGGAGUGGCGGAGUUCGCAUGCGGCGUGACAGCAGCCGUUGCGUUUUUACGUACGCCGCGGCACCGGGCAUUGCUCGAUUUGCUCGUGGUUUGCCAUGAAUGGGCGGCAAACGAAUAAUUCCGGAAGGCACCUCUGGACUCGUCCGCGCUGAUUUCAACGCGCCGCCCGACUUUCCCGCGACGAGUUGAAAACGCUCGCACCUUGGCUGCGGCGACGCGUGCUGCACCAUCGGGAAGACUCGUGCGUGCAAGCGACCAGGUGAACUAGGGGCCCAAAUGACGGACUCGGACUCGCAAGCCGUGUGCUUCAGGAUGCUCGAAGAAUUGAUGCAGGACACGGACGUCGUCAUGGAGCCCAAAAGGCACAACGUUAAGCAGAGCUGCGGUGCAGGCGUCUUGAGUGUCGUCUCGCCGGCUUCUUCGCUGGACGAAGGUCUCGGUUCGCCAGACGACGUCGCACUCGCCAACGGCAGCGCUAAAGCCAGUAGCGUUGGUAGCGUCGACGACGGAGGCAGCUCGACGGACGAAGCCUCGGAGGUAUCCGGCGUCGUGGUAACGCGUCGCGGGUCGCCGGUCAGCUGCUGCUGCGGCGACAACCGCGGUUUCAACGUACGGGACAACCAGAGGGACGACAUGACCGGAAUCGUGGUGGCCAAUGGAGGCAGGUUUCCCUGCCUGCAUAUCGGCUUGACUGGGCUCCGCCACAACCGACGCUACUUCCUUGCCCUGGACUUUGUCGAAGUUAGCGGGGGCGACGGAACUCUCCUCUACUGCUACACCGAGCCCUACUACACGCCGAGGCCAAACAACCUGCCUGGCUUGCAGUGGAUGGGCAGCGUGCUCUACUUCAACCUCAACUCCAUCGCCAAUGGUGGGCUGCAGGAAGGCGGUGCGACGCUGAAGGUAGGCGGCGAGUACGAGCCGACGCUGCGGCUAAUGGAGCUCCGGGAUGACCAGUGGCCGUCGGGCAGCUCGGCGGUUCGAUUCCCGCUGCGGGGCACCGCCUUCCUCGUCGUCUCGCUCAGCAGCGAGGUCCGCAUGAACAGAACGGCACUGGCCAGUGAGUUUCUACUGGUACGGAAAUCUGAAAUGUCCAGGAGCCGCUUCCCCGCACAACAGCAGCAGCAGCAACCGCAGUUACCGCCACCGCAGCAGCAGGAGUGCUGUCGCACCAGUCCGACGGCGCGAAGCUUCCUCGAGCCGGCACCCAUGACCCCCACGACGCCGCAGUCCGACUGGCGCCGACUGCUCGAGCUCCGCGUGGGGAGCCACCAGGCCGCGGCCGCAGCUGUAGCGGCAGCCGCGGCGAGUAGGCUGAUGCGCGCGGGACCCCCGCCCCACGGCUUGCAGGCCCUGCCUUCCGUCUCGGACCCUCUAUCGGUGGGCGGAGGCAAUGCGCCCUCCUCGAUGCGGCCCGUGUACGCGUCCGCCAAGUCCGUGAUGCACGACCACUUCACCGGCGGCGUGUGGAAGUCCCUGCCGCCUCAGCCGCAGCCGAGCCACCACCAACCCACGCCGCAGCAGCAGCAACCUCCGGUCGGCUCGUGGCACUCGUCGGCCCGGCAACCGCACAGCUGCUUGGCGCCGGGCGCGCAUCUCGAAGCCCUGCUGCACCAGAACAGGGAGACCUUCUCGUCGCUGGUCCAUCAGAGCAGCGUCUCCCAGCCCAGGCCUCCGAUGUCCGACUUCUCCGGAGGUCGAGGCGGCUUGCUCGCCCCGGAGCCUCGUCCCUCGUUGCCGCCGUUCGGGGCUUCUUCCACGUCUUCGGCGGCUGCCGCAGCGCACGCCUUACAAGAGUGCUGGUCCCGCGGCGGUGCGCCGAGUGCGGCGCCCCCUCUGUUCCGCCUCAACUACGAUCUACUGCCCUCCGGCUGCCUGCACUGGCUAGCUCUCGCCAGGAACAGCGUGGUCAGGCCGCAGCCCGUCGCCUCUUCCGGUAACCUUUUCUAUACCCUCGACCACGUGCAACAGUUGCAGCAGCAUCAGCAUCAACAACAGCAGCAGGCCAAGCAAGACAUGGGCGUGCAGACCAGCACCACCAACACCACGACGACCAGCGGCAGUGGCACUAACUGCCCUAUGGUUCCCUGUCUGGAUGACGCCGAGCUGGCCGUCAACGACCAGUGCAUUUCUUCCAAUGCCGCGUCCUCCUCAUCUUUGUCCCACGGUGGCAGCGCCUUCUACGCAUCGACUGCCGCAGCCUCGACGCCUUGAAGUCUGUGCUCCACUGGUUCUCUGGAUGGGCGUUCAUUAGGAAUACAGUUUAUAUACAUAUACUAUAUCUAUAUACUGUUCGCGUUGUACAGUCGCGCAUGUUACAUUCGUUUACACCUCUAACCCUAACGAAAU